AUGCCUGAAAGAUGUUUCAUUUGGUCUUGCCAAAGCAGUGGUAAACUCCCAAAUAUUUACUAUUUUCGCUUUGGUUCCAGGAAGGAACUAUGGCUUGAAGCCUUGGGAAUACCUGAUAAGGAUAUAAGUUCUAGGAAUCUUCUUUGUUCCAAACAUUUUGAUGCAUCAGAUGUUGUGUUUCCUGAUAGUGAACAUGGCAGAGUAAGGCUCAAACCAAAAGCUGUGCCCAAACAUUUCAUAAUCAAAAGGAAAUCAACUGACAUUCUUUCUUCUGAACCCCCGAAAAAAAAAGUUGCAAGGAAACACCAUGAUAUGUUGGAACAAGAACAACCUUCCACAUCCAUGAAUAAACAACCUAGUAAUGAUUAUGAAGCAGAAGUUGUUCAUAUCCCAAAGCACAUGAAAGAACAGCUUUCCAGUUCAACUGAUAGUGCUGGACUGAAGCAUACUCCUAAAAGAAAUAGGAGGCUAAUUAAAAAAAUUCAUACAUACAGGUGUGUACAUUUCCUUAUGAUUACUUGAAAGUUGAAAAAC